AUGUCCCGCAAGGUGACGCAGGUGUCGGGCAUUCUGGACGUGCAUGUGAUGCAAGCGGAGGGACUGAAGAACGUGUGCUUGUACGGACCCCAGGACGUUUACGUUAAGAUCCUCUGCGGCACGCACGACGACUCGCAGGGCCGCGUCGCGCUGCACACCAAGACCGUGAAAGCCGGCGGCUCGAACCCUAUAUUUAACCAGCGACUACAGGUAGGAGUGCAGGAGCGCCACGUGGAGGUGAAGUGCGAGAUCUGGGCGGCGAGCCACAACCGCGGCACGGCGGACGACCAGCUUAUCGGCUUCGUGCACGUGCCCAUCUACAAAGAAUCUUCCGACAAAGCCAAGGGGCAGACUAUCCGCGAGUUCCCCCUCCGCCCGGUAGACGGCGACGCGGGAACAGCCUCCGCGGGAGUCAUCCGCCUUGCGCUCUCCUACCAUCCGCGCCCCUCCUCUUCCGCCGCCGCGUCCUCUGCCCUCCCCAUCCGCGGACCCCCCGGCGGAGGCAUCUUAGGCCGCGCGCUUUCCGCUGCCUUCUGCCGGAUCGCCAGCGACAAAGCGGGCGCGGGGAGCAGCAAAGCGAGCGGAGCGGGCGGAGCGGCGGCGGCGGCGGCGGCAGCAGCGGCGGCGAUUCCCGCAGUGCCGGCAGCGGGCGCGGGAGUAGCAGGGGCGCGCGGAGUUGUUGCGGCUGUUGGCGGAAGCAUUAGCGGUUGGGGAGAGGCCAGUGCAGCAGGGGGCGGCGGCUUCGGGGGAAUUGGGGGAGGAGCAAGCGCAGCUUUAAGGGCAGUUGCGGAGGUCGAUAGGGCGGGACUCGUAGGCGCGGGCGGAAAGAAGAAGGCCAAAUCCGGGCCGAUUAUAUCCGGCGGAAUGGAAGUGUAUGGCGGAGCGGGGAGCGCAGGAAUCGGCGGAACUCUGGCGGCAUCCGCGGGGCUCGGCGGAACGUUCAGCCCUGGGUUCGGAGGAGGCAUGGCGGGUGCGGGAUCGAACAGCGGCGCAAGCGCGGGGGGGAUGUUCGGGGGAGGCAUGGGGAGAGGCAUCGGGGGAGGCAUUGGCGGGGGUAGCGCGCACGCGCACGCGUUGGCGCAGCAGCUUCCCCACGGCAAGCCGAAAUCGAAGUCCGGACCGCUGCAGCACGUGGCGGAAGGGGGCGCAGCGGGGGGAGGCAUGGGGAGAAGCGGCCCCGCAACGAGCUGGGUAGGUCUAGGGGGAGGCGGCGGAGGCGCAGGCGCAGGUGCGAGCGCGGGCCUGGUCGCGGGGGAGCUGCUUGCGGGCGCGUUUGGCGGAGGGGGGAUCUUCGAAGGGGUGGCGGAAGGGGCGUGGGGAUCCGACGCGUCUGUGCUCUCCGCGAUUCUGCUCCGCGACGGGCUUCUUCCGCCGCGCGCGGUGGGGCUGGCGCAACAAGCGGCGGAGGGAGGCGGAACGGCUGGCGGGGGAGCGGGAGCGGGAGGGGGAGGGGGGAGAAGAGAAGGGUCGCUGGGGGCGAAUCCGCUGCCCGCGCGCUUCUCAGGGCUGUGCAGUGUGGGGGAAGGGGAAGGAGCAGGGGGGGAGGCGGGGCCAGGGGGAGGGGGAAGUGGUGGGGGAGCAGAGGCAAGUGGCAGAGCUGGGGGAACUGGCUUGGGUGGGAUAGCAGCGCCAGGCGGAGGAGGGAGGGGGAAGGCAGGGGGUGUAGGUGGGCAUAUUGGAGGAGUUGGGAGUGGUGCUCCUCGUGUUCCUCCCCUGUCAGCUGUUGCUGCUGCGGCCGCGUCUGGCGCUGCUGCUGCUGCUGCUGGCUCUUCUGCGCGCUCGCAGCACCCGGGGGAGGCGCGGGGGGAAUGGAAGGGGGGGGGGAGGGGGCGGGAGGACGGGGAGGGGAGCGAGCAGAGCGCGGAGGAGGUUUCGUCCACGCAGAAGCGGACGUGUGGCGCGGAUGGGGGCGCGGGGGAGGCGGGGAGGGCGGGGAUGGGGGAGGAGUGCUGCGCGGAUGGCGGGUUUGGGGGGGAAUGCGGGGGGUGCGGGGGAGGCGGGGUAACUGGGGGAGGGGGUGGGGGAGAGGGGGGGGACGAGUGCAGCAUGCAUAGAGCUUGUGGAGGUGGGGUAGGGGGAGGCGGAGGCGGAGGGGGAGGCGGAGGCGGAGGGGGAGGCGGAGGCGGAGGGGGAGGGAGAGGGAUGGGAGGUGGCGGUGUGGUGGUGGAGGGGUCGUUCUUUGAGACGUGCUCCCCGGACCGGUUCCUGCAGUCGCCCCCACGGGGUAUGGGGGGAGCAGCAGGCAUGGAGGAGGGCGAAGGGGACUGCCACAUGGGUGGCGGUGGCGCUGCUGGUGGCGGCGGUGGUGGUGGUGAUGGUGGUGUGCAAGAGAGGACGAGUGGACGACGAUCCAAGGCGGGAGGGAGAGGGAGAGGGGGAGGGGGAGGGGGAGGCGUGGGUGGUGUUGGGGAGUGGAAAGUGGCGGAGAGCAGAGGCGAGGGCGGAAGACUGUUCCGCAUGGCCAUGCCUGAUGGGUUUGACACGGAGGGAUGGGGCUCUGUGGAUGAUAUGGAUGUGUCCGGGGCUGAUGGGGCCGGGGAGGGGGAAGGGGAAGGGGAAGGUGGUGAGGGUGAGGGGAUUGAGUUGGAGGGGGAGGAGAGGGGAGGGGUGUAUGGGGAGGGUGGGCAUUUGCUUGUUUAUGUGAGCUCGGAUGCCAGUGCUGAUGGUGGGGUGUAUCAGAGAGACACACAGCAGCAGCAGCAGCAGCAGCAGCAGCAGCAGCAGCAGCAGCAGCAGCAGACGCAGGCGCAUGUGGGGGCAGCAGCAGGCGGAGGAGGGCAGGGAGGGCAGGGAAUGCGGCAGCAGCAGCAGCAGUUCUCCGGGCCUCUGGAGCCACAUGUACCGCCCGCACUCACGAGCAGCAUCGGGGGCAGUGCAAGCGCAAGCACAGGAGUAGGAGGAGGAGGAGGAGGAAACGGGAGUGGCACAAGCAGCAGCAGCAUGCGGCAUGCAUCGCUGGGCCACAGGGUGCUGUCAGCAUCGCAGCCCCUCCCUCCUCCUCCACACUCGCUCUCACUUCUUGCUGCCUCUGCGCACCCCACGCCUCUCUCCUUCUCUGCCCCCCUCUCUGCCUUGCCUGGCCAAGGGUCAACGCAAGCUGCUGGAGCAAACGCGCUAGCAGCAAAUGCUGCAGCUACUGCCUCUGCUGCCGCUGCUGGUUCUGCUGCUGUGCCCCUUCCUGCGGCUCCCCAGUCGUCCCGCUUUGCAUCGGUGCUUCAGCCCAUGUGGACGGAUGAUGAUGGGUUUGAUGGGGAUGGGGAUGUGCUAUGGGGGGGAGGAGGGGGGUGUGCGGGAGGUGGGGGAGGGAUGGGUGGAGUGCGAGGAGGUGGGAGGUUGGAAAGCGGGCGAGGAGAAGGAGGGACGCGGAGACAGGAGGAGGCGAGGAGGCAGCAGGAGGCAGGAGGAGGCAGCAGGAGGCCGGAGGAGGCAGCAGGAGGCAGGAGGAGGCAGCAGGAGGAGACAAGAAUCAUGUCGAUGCGCAUAAAGGAGGUGGUGGAGAAUUUCGUGAAGGAGCUGCGCGUGGCGAUGGAGGCGGACAUUCAGGACCGCAUGCUCAAGGAGCGCGAGAUGAAGCAGUACCUCGAGGAGCGCGAGCGGGAGGUCGCGGAGCGCGAGGCCGCGUGGAAGGCGGAGCUUACGCGGAGAGAGGCGGAGAUUGUGAAGCAGGAGGCGCGGCUGCGCGCGGAGCGGGAGAACCUGGAGAAGGAGAAGCGCAUGCUGAUGGGGACGGCGUCCAACCAGGAGAACCAGGAUGGGGCGCUGGAGAUCACAGUGAGUGGGGAGAAGUACCGCUGCUUGCGCUUUGCCAAGGCCAAGAAGUGA